AUGUCGACAAGUCUAGGUGUCAGUGAGACGAACUGCAAUGAAUGUCGACGCAGGAAAGGAAAAUGCGAUCGCGCAUUGCCAGAAUGCACUUCGUGCUCUCGUAAUCGACGUCACUGUCUGUAUGAGAAGGCCGCCGGGCGGACGCCAUUGACGAGAAAGAAUCUUACAGAGGUCGAGGAGAAGCUACGGCGUGCUGAGAUGAGAGCUAGGGUGGCUGAACGUAGAGCCAUUGCUGCAGAAGAAAAGCUGGCUUCUCUUAUGCACACGAGUAGUAUUGAGAAUGUGCCUGAACAUCAGACCAGUGGCACAGCAGAGCAAAUGCCGUUUGUCCACCCAGACGCAUUCUUGGAUUCAGCGACUUCUAUCCACCCUGAAAUGCUGGAGCAUCAACUUCUUGAUAAUUACCAACAAGAUGAUGGCGGCAGUGGCUUGCCAGAAGAACCUCCCUCAGAAGUAGACGAUUUCAGUUGGGAUGAGAUCUCUCGUGUGACUGCAAGUCAUCUUGAUGACACCGUCCAGCAACGUGAACACACGGCCACGGUCGAAGACGAAGAGGUUGUGGAUGGCAUGGCCUCGCUGACUGUGGAAGAACGAGGAGCUGGAUACCUAGGGACAUCAUCUGGCGCCGCGAUGUUGCGCCUGCUAAUGCCUGAUGCUGAACCGCGGAACACUGCCAGACAACGGCGAAAGACCAAUACACAGGAGCACAUAGUUCACGACAACAAAGAUCUAGCUUACGAAGAGCUCGGUCUUGCGGAUAUUGAUCUCGACUCUGCCAUUGAUGCAUACUUCGCAUCCUAUCAUCUACAAUAUCCUAUCGUACACGAGCCUACGUUCAGGGCACAAUAUUCCUCGAUUAUACCUCGACCCAACGGCAAAGCUUUCGAAGCGCUGGUAUAUAUGAUAGGUGCUAUCGGCUUGUUCUCAACAGCCACUACGACGGAUGAGAAGAGCAACGACGACCUCAAGUUGUUCGAGGCUGCCAAGCUAAAUGUCAAGAUUGAUGUGCUGGAGAAAGGUAAUGUCACUCUACUGCAGGUAUUGGUCCUGAUGUCCAAUUUCUUACAGAAAAGAGGAAAGCCAAACAGUGGAUAUAAUUAUCUCGGACUCGCUUUGCACAUGGCUAUGGGUCUCGGUCUACACAAAGAGUUCGCCAACUGGAAACUGCCCCCAUUAGCCAUCGAAAACAGGCGACGCAUGUGGUGGACGUUGUACAAUUUCUUCGCUGGUGCACUCGUAACAUUUGGUAGACCGUGGUCUUGGCCGGACAGAGGCAUAGAGAUAUCCUUGCCUUCGAACAUACACGAUCGAGAUCUUACCAACGCCACCAGAUCUUGGCCGGAGAGUCGACAAACCAUCACAACAUACAGUCUGAUGCUCGCUCAAGCCAAAUUUCAUCAAGCGACUGCUGGAAUAUACACACGAGUCAUCUCUAUACCCUAUCCAUCAGCCUCUGAGCUUUUAAGUCUUGAUGAUCAGUUGCUAGGCAAUUGGCUUCGUAACCUUGGUCCAUGGUAUGCUGAAGUCGCGCAGGUGCCUGCAAAAUUCGCUCUCGGCCAUCAUAUCAUGCAUAACAGGGCUCGAAACUUCCGAAUUAUCAUGUACCGCCCGUUCGUAAUUCGCAGCGUGCUGAGCUCAGCUAAGGGAUCGGACGGAUUGGGUCCACCUCCUUCAGAACAAGCUGCAAUCGAUCGGUGCCUUCAUGAAGCAAAAACAACUAUCUCUUCGAUACGUACAUUCUGGUCUUCUGGAGUGCACAACAGACUAGCUGCUUGGUAUUCUCUGUAUUUCAUCUUCCAAGCUUCUUUGAUACCAUGUUUGUGUCUGCGCAACCAACCAAACGAUCCACUAGCCUCGGACUGGCGCUCACAAAUUCAGCAGACCCUUUCGGUCAUGACUGAGAUGAACGCAAUCAACCCCAGUAGCAUUGAAUGUCAGUCUGUGAUCAUGCGUCUUUGUGGACACUUUCUCGACCCGACAACUUCUACGUCAGUCUCUGGCAAUGCUCCUCUGGUCGCUACAGAAGAGAGCCCACAGACUCAGAUCAACAAUGUCUAUUCUAUGAUGUGGCCAAAUGCUAGUCCUGCAAGCACCGAUCUGCUUAUGAGCGAUCCACAAUGGGCAUUUGUCACGAAUCAGGGGCACGUUGAUCUUGAGUCGAUGCCACAAAGUUGGAACUGGACUCAAUAA